GGUUCAGUUCGGUUCACGCUUGGCCACAGCGGCAGAGCAUCGGGCCUAUUUGUGUUCUUAUCGCAAUUCAUACUUAGCUAGUUAUAAGCAUUUUUAGCCGAUGUAACGCGGAACGAUUUGCAGCUGUUCCAGUAUUGAGCAACAGCAAUGGAAUCGUUGAACUGUGCAGAGAGCGACACCAAGGCCACUGUUACCUUCAUGGAAGAGUGUAAGCUUGCCUCUCUGUCCCACCCCCCCAUUAGAACGAUGGCGGAUUCCACCAAGUUGACUCACUCCAACAGCCAAUCACAAUCCUUGCCUGACUCUAAGAAAUGUUUAAGGUCCGUCUCUUCAGUCGGAGACGUGAAGAUUGAAUCUGUGAUUGGAGGCACGGAUUACGCAGCGGCGGAGACAAAGGCAAGAUCGAACGGAAGUGACGACUUAGAAGAGAGGACGGAGUGGAAGACCGUGUAUGAGAUGACGGAGGAAGAGAAGGACAGGCUAUGUAACAUGAAGGAGGAAGACGAGGAGGAGGAUAAAGAAGAAGAAGAGGCGGAGGAACGUGAGGAGAAGCACAGCGUGAAAAUGGAGAGGGAAGACGGUGUGACAGACGCUGAGGGACUCGGGGGUGAGCGGGAAAAACUGAGGGAUGAAGAGAAGGGGAACAAACCUCCUGAGGCACCCCCUGCCCCAUUGCAGUCCCACACGGGCACUCUAGGGGCCCACAAAUGCUCGGAGUGUGAGAAGACCUUCAAAUCCAAGUCACGGCUGACGGUGCACCGGCGCACCCAUACAGGGGAACGUCCGUACCAGUGCUCCCAGUGCGGAGCGAGUUUCGGCACCUCGGGCAAUCUGAUGUCGCACCAGCGGUCUCAUACGGGCGAACGCCCGUACCAGUGCUCCCAUUGCGGGAAGAGCUUCAUCCACUCGUCGCACCUGGUAACGCACCAGCGGACCCACACCGGGGAGCGUCCCUACCACUGCGCCUGGUGCGGGCGGAACUUCCGCUACCUCACCUGCCUGAAGGAGCACAAGCUGUCCCACACGGGGGAGUCCCCGCACCGCUGCUCCGAGUGCGGCAAGACCUUCCGCCGCCUGUCCCGCCUGGUCACGCACCAGCGCAUGCACACGGGCGAGCGUCCGUACCGGUGCUCCCAGUGCGGCAAGGGCUUCAUCAGCUCCACGUCCCUGAUCACGCACCAGCAGAUCCACUCCGGGGAGCGCCCGUACCACUGCUCGCAGUGCGAGAAGACUUUCAUUCGCCCCGCGCACCUGGCCAUUCACCAGCGCGUCCACACCGGAGAGCGUCCGUACCACUGCUCCUGGUGCGAGAAGAGCUUCGCCCACUUGACCUGCCUGGAGGUGCACCAGCGGAGUCACACGGGGGAGCGGCCGUUCCACUGCUCCCAGUGCGGGAAGGACUACAAGUCGAAAUCGGGAUUGAUAGUCCACCAGCGAACUCAUACUGGGGAACGCCCGUACCUCUGCACCCAGUGCGGGAAGAAGUUCACGCAGCUAAAAGGUCUGCAGAGACAUCAGCAGUCUCACGCAAAGUAGCAGACGUGUUUUGACACUGUAUUGAUGUGACCAUACAAGUGCACAUUCUGACACUCUCAGUGUGGGAACAAGCUCUUGCGUCUCACUCCUUUGUUGGCUGUUGUUUGUUGCCAGGUUAGAGUCCUGACUCUGGCCUACAUUACAUUAUAUUACAUUACAUUAAUGCCAUUUGGCAGACGCUCUUAUCCAGAAUGACGUACAGUUGAUUAGACUAAGCAGGAGACAAUCCUCCCCUGGAGCAAUGCAGGGUUAAGGGCCUUGCUCAAGGGCCCAACGGCUGUGCGGAUCUUAUUGUGGCCACUCCGGGGAUCGAACCACCGACCUUGCGGGUCCCAGUCAUGCACCUUAACCACUACACUACCUACCCUCCAUCCAACAGGACAGCCCCUACCGACAGGACAUAAAUCACAACCUUUCACACCAGCUGGACCACUCCACUCUGCUGCAGCAGGGCCACUUGCACUUCCUGCCAGGAAUGGUUUUCCUGUCCCGUCAUGGAGCUUCUCCCCCCAAGCCCCCCCCAGUUGUCAAACACCCUCCCCAUUCCUCUACCGCUCCGACACAGAGCACCGUUUUGCACCGUUGUCUGAAGACGCAUCUCUACAGACUGUAUCUCGACUAACUGUAACGUUACUCUUCUGCAGGGGUCCCCCCCCCCCCCCCAAAUCUAGCACCACUCUCGUGUCAUUUCUAUCUUGAUCUUCAAGCACUUUCAUGUUGAACUCUUAUUUUCAUCUAGCACUUUAAUGUUGCACUUGUAUCUUGAUGUUGUAGCUCUUUAACCUAUUAUAAUUAGGGCUCACUUCUAGUUAUGACAUGCCAUAUGUUCAGUGACUUAGCCUGCCCAUGUGAACUAGACUUGAUGUUUGUGGCUAUUAUGAACUGAUACUUCAUGAGAAUUGUACCUCAUAUGACUUAUGUUCUGUAUUUGUUCAAAUGACCUUUUGGUAUGCAUGUAUUGUUCAUCACUUAGGAUGAAAGCAUCUGACAAAUAAAUAUAGUGGAACAUA